GUUCGCUUUCAACUGUAGUGUCAACAGGAUAUAUAAGUUCCGAUCUCUGACCACGCGCCAACACGCUGUCACGCACGCCCUGUAUAUAUAUAUAGGACUACGUACAAACUUACGAGUUUGCAAGAGCAGUAACGACUGUUGGUAAGGGCUGCGUUGUUGUUUAUCUUCUGUAUUUUUUUUGUCGUCUGCUACGCACCUAUAUAUAUAUAUAUACAUAACUGUAUAGUUUGCGGCAGAUUUCUGACCGAACAACUGGAAACUGGCUUGACCUGUGAACGAUUGUUGUUGCUGUUACCAUUAUUGGAUUGACCCCAAUCUUCGUUAUGGCCAAUAUCUAAAGAGAAUAGCCACCAGCAGCCAUGGGAUCCGGAGCUUCCACUGCCGGUAGGGUACCACGGUCUCGGUCCUCGUCAAGGUCUGUGUCUUCAGCAGAGGGUAUCCAUCACAGGCGGACAUCACGAGCCUCUUCCGACGGAUCCGACCAAAUCAACAAACAUGCUCCGCCACCAUUUCCUCCGAAGAUGCAGAAAGAUCAGAUCUAUGAUCCUUCAAAAUACAUGGAUGUGGACAAGCACGCCAUGCACAUACCCAAAUCAGUUCUGCGCGGAACCUUUUCCGAUCUACUCGAUGCAGUUAUACAAGGCCCUUGGACAGAAAUGGCUAAACUCCGGGCCAUAUUUCGAUGGCUCACAUCAAUCGACGCCUACAAUCUUGUAAUCAACGAAACUCCCCCCACGUAUUCCCCUCUGGAAUAUUUUAGAAAGAUACAAGAAAACAAAGGCAAUCACGCCCAUCUUUUGUCUGGAUUAUGUCAAAUGGCUGGAAUACCAUGUGUCAUCAUCAGCGGUAUGAACAAAAGUGCAGCUUACCAAGUUGGAAAACCAUUAGAUCGGAAGUCCAUGGGUGCCCAGUGGAACGCAGUAUACGUGGAAGGAGAAUGGAGGUUGAUUGAUUCCUUCUGGGCAUGCUCGUGUGUGGUUGGAAAGAGAAGUGGCGAGUGGACUCUGAUGGAUGAGGACGGACAGGUUGUGGAAGCCAGCGAAGAGGAAGAUGAAGGUUUUACUCAGCAUAGGAUCAACGAGUUUUACUUUCUUACUGAUCCAGAAAAACUGAUUUGGACUCAUUUUCCCGAUGACCCUAACUGGCAGUUGUUAAAAAGACCCAUCUCGAAAGCUGAGUUUGAAGAGCAUUUUUAUGUGCGAGAGCGUUUCUACCACCUGGAUAUGGGCACCACACAAGAGAGUCAGAUGAAGUGCAUUCUCACAACUAAAAAGGGCCAGGCAGAUAUCCAGUUCUGCUUACCCCAGGUUAAGAGCAAAAAUUUUAGGUUUAAAUACAUGUUGUAUCUUUCCCGGGCAGCACUGAAAGAAAACAAGGCGAAUUUUUUCUUGGACCGGUUUAUAUUCUUCGAACAGCGUUCUGAUCUACUUCUCUUAGCACUGAGGUUUCCCAUCAAAGGAACGUUCAAGUUGGAUCUAUUCGGGGUUGAUACCGCGGACAGUGAUGUGUUUGAUCUGGUAUGUACCUACCUCAUCCAGUGUCCAGAACCACAGGCGAACUGUUUUCCCUUACCAGACGUGCCACCUUUAGGAUGGGGACCAUUGUAUGUCACCUCUCAGGCUGGUCUUAAGCCAAAGACCCAUCAGACGGGAGUGAUUAACACAAAAGACGGUAACGUAGAAAUCAAAUUCGGCGUCGACCGAAAGGUGAAGGUUCACCAAGCUCUGCUUCACGCAGUCAUUGACCAAGCCACUCUUAAUAAUUACUCAGUGACCAGAAUGGAGAACGGUGAAGUGAUUGUGAAUGUCAGGUUACCCAUGGGCGGAGAAUAUGCGCUAAAGCUGUAUGCCCAGGAAGAGGGCGAGGACGGAGAAGCGCCAAACGUAUGUAAUUACCUAAUAAGAUGUGAUAAAGACACGCUAAACAAUAUACCCUUUCCUAACGUGCCUACCGGGAGUCUGGGUAAACAGCACAUGGGCGACAAACUCGGAGUAAAGGCACUCAGUCAUCCAGUGGGUUGUGUUGAGACGAAGGACGGUCGACUGCCAAUGACAUUUGAAGCUCCAGAAAAUGUGGAACUCAUGUGUGAAAUCCACAAGGUCAGCUCUGACGGAAAUGUCAUCAAAAUGGCCGUCCAACCUAAAGUCCACAAUGGUGUAUGGUCCUUCGACGUGGAUCUCCCAGUAACAGGAGAAUACUCCCUCAAUAUAUUCGCUAAAACUGAAGGAGAUGAGGACAGAAUUUACAAUGUCCACUCAUAUCUCAUAAACUCCAAAGGUCGAAAAAAUGCGGAACUGGACCUGGAAGAGGAGACAACAACCGCCUGUAACCCUGUACCCGUUGAGACUGUGGAGACCGCAGACAACGAACUCUGGAUACCGGCACCAGAAGGCUAUGAAAACGUUGUGGCUGCUCUCCACAGGAAAAAUGCCAGUGACCCGCCAACUAUCCAUCAAAUAUCGUUCCUUAAACAAGAUGACCAAGACUUCAUCCGCGUCAAGCUGCCAGAGUACGGUGACUAUGUUAUGAACUUGUACAACUCGAAAGAAAAUGGCAAUGUUGAAAAUAUCGCCAAAUAUCAGAUAAACAGAAAGCCGCCUGCAGAUCUUUUCCAAACUAAUAUUCAAACGAUCAUGGAUGCAGUCGAAGGAGGCGAAGAGGAUGAUCCCGAAGGCAAUACCAUUAAAGCGGAAUCUCCCGUUAGAGUUCCUUCGCCGAUGUCAUCCGUUUCAAGCAAAGGCAGUUCAGAGGACAAUCUCGAUGACGCUAAAAAGAAGACAGCAAAAAAGCAGCUCGAGAAUGCCAUGGAGACCAAAGACAUUGGACGGUUGCGAAAAGCGUUGGCGGCCUGCACUGAGGCAAACGUCGGGGAAACGGAAUUGUUAGAGAAAGCCAAUCGACUGCUCCAAGUCCUGGAAGCCAAGAAAGUUUUAAUGGAAGCUUCGGCGAAAAGGAAUCUGAAGAUGUUGGAUGAUGCCAUUAGCAAUGCAAAGAAUGCCAACUUUGACCACAUGUUGGAUCUACAGAUCGCCAUGGCAAGAAAACUACGUGAUCAACUGGCGAGGAUAGAGAAACUCAGGCAUCAAGUCCUGUCUAUGGAACAGAAGACGAUAGCAGAGAUCAAGUCUUUUUCUAGUCCACCGGAUGGUGUUUUCCAGACUAUGCAGGCAGCCUUCCUGCUUUUGGGUCACACGAAGAAAGACGUCAAGGAAUGGCCUAUGGUAGUAGCACUUAUGUCCAAGACUGGCAAAGAGUCCCUGAUGCGAAAAGUGUCCAUGUUUGAGCCACAAACAACUUAUUUAGAUUAUGCCCGCAAAGCGAAAGAAACCGUCGCAGAAUUUAGUUUGGAACGCAUUCGGAACGUCAACUCAGGGGCUGCCACGUUUUAUGUCUGGGUUACGGGAAUGACAGAGGAGGUAGAGUCCACAGGAGGCGCAGGCAUGUCUCCAUCGAAAAGAAAAUGAUUAAAUCUUCCGGUAUAAAAAAGCUUAAGCUUUAUUUUUACUUAAUAAUGAUCCGUCCACAUGCAUGCACUUUAUUAAUAAGAAUGAGUUUUAAUUGAUUUUCUGUGAUAAUACGAUGCUUAUUUUGAAAAUAGUUUACUAUGUUACAGAUAUAAAUGUCUGAUGUUAUUGUUUUUUUAAAGAUGAUUUAGUAAAUAAGUGAUUCUUGAAAUUUCCAACGGGAAUGUCAACAAAUUGUAUGCAGUUAAGAUAUAUUUGACGUCUACGUUUGAAUGCAAUCUUUGUACGCACGGUUCACAAUUGUUCAGUUUAAUUUUUGCAAAAUUUACGAAAUUAAUAAACUGAGUUUUGAAUA